UAUGUGGCAGUGCUGACUUGGCAGCACGCGAUUGGCCAGUACACAGCAUCCACGGUGGUAUUUUCUCCACGUGGUCUCAUAUACCCUAAUCGAGCCGUGACGCUGCUUGGGCUUGGCGCUGGAAAGAUCGUCAUGAGCUAAAUGCUCGCCAGAGGUAGAGUCGCAGGAACUAGAAUCGCCAGAGGUGGAUCGUAGCGCUAGGAACUAGAAUCGCUAAGUGUCUAGAGAGAAUGGCGCAAUUGGUAGAGGAGUGGUACAGGCAAAUACCUAUCAUCACGCGCUCCUACCUCACAUUGUCUGUGCUCACUACUGCUGGUUGCGCGCUAGAGGUGAUCUCACCUCUCAAUGUAUACCUGAACCCAAUGCGCGUUGUCAAGCACUACGAAGUGUGGCGCUUGGUCACAAACUUCUUCUACUUUGGUCGACUUGAUCUCGACUUUCUCUUUCACAUGUUCUUCCUCGCUCGGUACUGCAAGCUUCUGGAAGAGACUUCGUUCCGGGGAAGAACGGCCGACUUCUUCUUCAUGCUGCUCUUCGGUGGGAGCCUGCUGACGCUGAUCGUGGUUCUCGGCGGCAUGGUUUCUUUCCCUUUGCCGUUUGCCGAGAUUCUCUUCCUGAGUAACUCCCUCACGUUUAUGAUGGUGUACGUCUGGAGCAGAAGGAAUCCUUACGUACACAUGAGCUUUUUGGGCCUCUUCAGCUUCACCGCUCCUUACUUGCCUUGGGUUCUCCUUGGCUUCUCUGUAAUGGUGGGAAGCAGCCCCUGGGUCGAUCUCCUCGGAAUGGCCGCUGGUCAUGUCUACUACUUCCUCGAGGACGUCUAUCCUCAAAUGACGGGCCGGAGAGUGCUCAAAACUCCCGGUUUGAUCAAAGCGUUGUUCCCGGAAGAGAUUGUGGUCGUCCACAGGCCUCCCGCGGUCGCUGGAGCUGUCCAUUAAGUCGAGAAGGGUGGGGCGAGGCGAAAAGCAAGAAUGAAAGAAGGAAAGGAAAACCAUGUCUCGCUCGCUCGAGAAACAAAGCUUGUAAAGAACACAAAGGUUUUGGCUUAAUUAUCGACUAAUCGUGAUUAAGGGCUAA